GAGGAUGCUUUUCUAAGCCGACUUCUUGAAACAGGUGCAACUGAAAGUACCUGUACUAGCAACUCUCUCAAUCAGAUAGAAGAAGAGAGACAAGAAGCUGGUGAAAAGACCAAAAACUUAUUGCAUAACAUAGUAGCUGCCAUUGAUGACCUGUGGUGUUUGAAGGAUGGAUUGUACACUGCAGUUUUGAAGGCACGUCCAGAAGAUUGUAAGACUACUGGGAUAGGUUCCUGCAGGGAAAGGACAUCUAUGGAUUUAGAGGUGGAAGUUAGGAAUCUGAGAUUGGCAAUUGGUAAUAUUCAUUUGAAGCACAAAUCAUUGGUAAGGGAAAUGCAGAUUGCUCGAGAUACUGAUGCGAAAAAUAAAGCUGAUCUUGAGCGUUUGAGAG